GGGUUUAUUUAAGACUCAGGUGGCUUUUCUUGGGUUUCUCUUAUUAAAUGUUAAGCUUUUAUAUUAUUGCAUUGUUGAAGGGAAACCACCUUAAAAAAACAGCCAAUUUCUGAAAUUGCUCCUCACUUGUAAAUCGCCAUAGACCUAUGUCAUAAAAUAGUGUAAUGAAUUCAGAUUACGGACUGUUUUGAUUUCUUAACUAUUUUAGUCCCUUUAUUUCAGAGAACAACAAUUCACUGUGAAACUUGAUAAUCACUUUACAAAUAUUUAGUAAAAAAUAAUUUAGUUAAACAUUUAGCACGGCUCAGCUCCAUAUUGAUGGAUAGCAUUUACACUAAUAUGAAACAAGAAGUAGGCCUAGGAAAUUGAAAGGUUGGCUUGCCUCUGCUUUAAUGCUCAAAUACAGUCAGGAAGGCGGUGGUGUUUACUCUAGUUUGGAUAGAUGCGGAUACGGCGGUGUAUACGGUAGUUAGGGUCGUGUGCGCGGAUACGGCGGUGUUUACGGUAGUGUGGGUCGUGUGCGUGGAUACGGCGGUGUUUACGGUAGUACGGGUGGCGUUUGGGAUGCUGAAGUCAGACCAUGUGACUGUGCCGACGGCAAAGACCUCCCGUCUGCUUCACCGCAACACCAGAGACCCGGGCCCCGUACCGGCACCGAGCCCGGUGGGAUGGAGAACAAACCCGCAUCCAACCCGGCCAAGCCGCGGGAGUUGACUCAGAACCCCCUGAAGAAAAUUUGGAUGCCGUAUAAAAAUGGCCUUCCAGAAAAACACACCUCUCAAAGAAAGGUAUGUAUGACAAACUGUCCCACCCUGAUCGUGACGGUGGGCCUCCCUGCCAGAGGCAAGACGUACAUCUCCAAGAAGCUGACCCGCUAUCUCAACUGGAUCGGAGUUCCCACCAGAGAGUUCAACGUGGGACAGUACCGGAGAGAUUACAUGAAGAUCUACAAGUCCUUUGAGUUCUUCCGACCAGACAACGAGGAAGGACUGAAGAUCAGACAACACUGUGCCUCGGCCGCGCUGAACGACGUGCGACAGUACCUGUCCGAUGAAGGUGGACAAGUGGCGGUUUUCGAUGCGACCAACACGACCAGAGAGAGGAGGAUGACCAUCUUCCAGUUUGCUAAACAGAAUGGCUUUAAGGUAUUCUUUGUGGAGUCUGUCUGUGAAGACCCCCAUGUCAUACAGGAGAACAUUGUGCAAGUGAAGCUGGGCAGCCCCGACUACACCAACUGUAACACGGAGGAGGCGGUGUCGGACUUCAUGAAGAGGAUACAGUGUUAUGAGAACUCCUAUCAGACCCUGGAUGAAGUUCUGGACAGGGACCUGUCCUACAUUAAGAUCAUGGACGUGGGUCGGCGCUACCUGGUGAACCGGGUGCUGGACCACAUCCAGAGCCGGAUCGUCUACUACCUGAUGAACAUCCACAUCACGCCUCGCAGUAUCUACCUGUGUCGCCAUGGGGAGAGCGAGCUCAACAUCAAGGGCCGCAUCGGGGGUGACUCAGGCCUCUCUGCCCGGGGGAAAGAGUUUGCCAAGCUGCUGAGCCAGUUCAUCGCGGCGCAGGGCAUCAGUGAUCUGAAGGUGUGGACCAGCCAGAUGAAGAGGACCAUCCAGACGGCCGAGGCCCUCGACGUCCCCUACGAACAGUGGAAGGUCCUCAACGAGAUCGAUGCAGGUGUGUGUGAGGAGAUGAUGUAUGAGGAGAUCCAGGAGAGCCAUCCUCUGGAGUUUGCCCUGAGGGACCAGGACAAAUACCGCUACCGCUACCCUAAAGGAGAGUCCUAUGAAGACCUGGUGCAGCGUCUGGAGCCGGCCAUCAUGGAGCUGGAGAGGCAGGAGAACGUUCUGGUCAUCUGUCACCAGGCCGUCAUGCGCUGCCUGCUCGCCUACUUUCUGGACAAGACGGCAGAAGAGUUGCCAUACCUGAAGUGCCCGCUGCACACUGUGCUCAAACUAACACCAGUUGCCUACGGUUGUAAAGUGGAGUCCAUCUGCCUCAGUGCGGAGGCAGUCAACACCCACAGAGAGAGACCAGAGAAUGUAAAUGUCCAUCGUACAACUGAAGACGCCUUGAGGACCCUCCCUGAUCACUUCUGAUGGGACCCCUCUGAUUGUUAGGGGUUAACGCUCAGCCCUACCGUCCCCUCUCGCCCCGACACCACCACAGCCUGCCACAACCUGCCACAACCGGCAUCGAACGUGACCCUCUGAUCCGCGUGGCCCUCCCUCCUCCUCCACAACACCCCUUCCACUGCUAUUAAAAAUAAGUUUUGGUGAAGGAAAGCUCUGAAGAACACGGUGCGCUACCCCUGAGAAAGGUUCUGGACCUCAUCGAAGCUCGCCUUGAUGUAAACAGGAACGGCGGAUAGUGUCCGACACUUUUGUCUGAAGGUUAAUUUAACAGUUUGUACUGCGACAUGUUUCUUGUUCACUGACUCGUGUGAUUUCUACUGAAAUUGAUGUUCAUAACAAUCAGGAAGAUGUUUCUGAUGUGUUUAAGGUUUUAAACCUACAGUCAAAAUUGUUAUAGACCAGUAGUCCUAUAGUUUGACUGCAGUGAUUCCAAUGUGAAAACUAAUUAAUAUAUAUUUGAAUGGAUUUUAUGAGAACAUGAAUACUGCACAGCUACCGAUGUCCAUCCUGUUCCUUUAAUGGAGGUGGAUUUUGAGGAUCCAACUGAAUGAAUGAAUUCAAACACAUGGAUAUUGCCUUUCACGUCGUUUUUGUAAAGAACUCAUCCAUAUUCCUAAAGGCAUUUUAAAUUUUCUGAAGGAGCUGACCUGUUGCUUUCAAUGUAGAUUGAUGUGUUUAAAUGUAUGCCCUGACCUCAUGCAACAUAAUAAAGUGAUAUUUUUGUAUACGCAGGCUAGGGGCUGAGUCCAACUUUAAUUUAGUGUUACUGUUCUCCAAAUGUUCUUCCUUGUAUUCCAGAUGCUGAAUUUAGCAUUCCACACCAUCUGAAUGUUGUGUAUCUGAACAUUUUACGAUAUUUCUUUGCUGAAUCAGGACUGGUAACAAUAGAUGGAAACAUGCAUUCUUGCAUACAUAAUCUGCAUACACCUGCCUGUCCCCACCUGGCUGCUGUUGAAAUGCUUUGUGAAGGUGCUUAGACAGGUCGGACUGACUUAAGUCCUUGCUGUCAUGUAAAAAUGUUUUUAAUAAUUCAUGAAGCAUAAACUCAAAAAAAUGCACUAGCUAAAAAUGAAAAGGUACAAUAGUUUAUGAAAAGUAGAUGUUACUUUGCUGAAUAUAGGUAAAAUACUCCCUUUAAAUUAGUUCAGCCAUUCCCAACCUGUAGUGGCUUAAGGUAUUUGUUCCCCUAAAAAUGCAUUUUAUAAAUACAAUGAAUGGUAUUUUUCAGAUAAACUGCCUAAUUGCUGUAAUAUUUAUAGGUAUCCUAAGUAUGGCUCCUUUCGAUAAUUGGGUUAUGGUCAGGUUCAUUGUAGCACAUUUAAGUUGGCUGCUUACACUUCUGUGAUGGAAAGUGGGCCUCAAGAUGAAAGAGGUUGGGAAUCCGUGUGGUUCGCACAGAAACUCUUGUUCUUGCUCUUACUCCCACACCUGAAAUAACAUUGGCAACGCAGACACAAAAACAACAUUGGCUUCAGAAGAAGCCAGGAUGUAUGGUUUACUUGGACAAGCUCCACAACACAGAUCUGUCUUUUCUUAGGCAGGAUAAUGAAGAGGUCAUGCAGAAGCUAUAAACAACCGUUUUUAUUGUUUAUCAUCCAUAUUAAUAUCAUUCUAUAUAUUCUAUCCAUUUUAUAUAAUGCUUGGCACAUUGAGCCCCUUUUGGAAAUGUUGGGCAAGUGUUUUUGAGAGACAGAAGAAA